GUUCGUGAAUAAGUUUACAUGCCUAGAGUAUAGCAUUAUUCCUGUCUCUCUAAUUCCUGCUAUGGCUGUCUAACUUCAUUUGAAUACAUCCGAUGGUCCUGAGCGCAUCGGAGGAUAGGCAAGUGCCUUUAGAUUUACUAUUCAAAUAGUGCAGCGAGAUAAUGACUAGACCGGGCUCUGCGUUUUUACUGGGUUAUUGUUUGCGGUUAAGCGGAUACCCUCUCCUUUCGGCGAGGGAACUGAUGCCGGCAUUAAAAGAAAUACUGUACAUUUGUCGGUUCGGUCGCCAUUGUCAGGCUAGCGAUUGAUGAAAAAAUCGACGUUAUUAAUGGUGCAGUGGGGCGUGGUGUUGUCGUAUAACGAAGUGGCAGAACUACCUGGACUAGACGUUGUUGAAGAAAUAGUGUAUUACUAUAGCAAACAAACGUUUUAGCAAUUUAACAAAGCAACGAAAAGCUGCUCGAUAACACACAGAGGAUGGCCUUGCAAGGACACUCAACGGAGCAGUUUCGUGCCACGAGAACGUGGAACACGAUUGUGUUGGCGGUACAGAGUGAGCUACCUGUUCGACAGUAUCGUAAAGGGUUCCGCAUGUUUACGAACUGUUUUGCUGGAAAGGACGCUGUGACAUGGACGCUGGAUUACCUUGAGCGGAAUCAAGACACACUGUUCGAUCCAAAAAGCAAGGAGAUCACUCGUGAAAAGGUGACGCUCCUGUUACAAAAGUUCGUUGAACAGAAAAUUAUCGAAGAUGUCCGUGGACGUGGACAUGCAUUUAAAGAUUCAACUCAGCAUUUCUACACAUUCACUAAGGACCAUACCCUCAUGCCAGUCACGUGCCGAUAUGCUAGUAUAAAGGACACAAACCGAACUUCGACAAGGACCCGAAGUAGCAGUUUAGGUCACAUUACACCUCCAACGCUUAGGUGCGCAACGAGCAUGGUGAAGCUGGCUUUGGUCGGCCUCUCAGCCCAGCGGAAACGUCGAAGUUCACACGUAUAGACUUCGGCCGAACUAGAUAAAGUUUAUAACUAGAACUAACACGUUUAGAAGACUUGGUUGGCAAGGUAAGCCCAGAAAUCUUGGGCCCGAACUAGCCAGCGAUCGUCGGAAGAAGAGCAAUUUAUAAAAAAAACAACGAUUUACUAUAUACAUAUUUUUCUGAUACCAUUGCAAGCUUCUUUGCCACGCGAGCUUCUUGAAUAGCAUGAGCGAUAUGGAAGCUCCACGAGAGAAGCGAGUGAAAAAGCUUUAAAAGAGGUUUCUUAAUUGUCUUAAAGCGAUAUGUAACUUUUUAGACUGUGAUAUGGGAAAACCGAAUUUCCUCUUGCAUCUUAAUCGUUUUAAGAUCUUCAAGAGGACACCAAGUCUAAAAUCAUGUGACUUGAGUUAAAGUAAACUAAGAUAAACCACUGCCAGCACGAAUGCGAACAUAUUCAGGUGCCAAAUCUAACACUGUAUAAUA